CUUGCACUUGCUUCUUCUUGUUCAUCGCAAACGCGUGAAACAUCGCUUCAAUCUAGCGAGCUCUUUCAGAUCAAGUGAAAGGUGUGGUUUUUUCUGUAACCAUCUCAAUUCCCUUCCCACCUUAUUUUUCAAUACAUUUUUUUUUUCUUUUUGUGAUUUUCUGUGUAAAACAAUGUCUUCCAAAAAAACCCUUUUGAGAAAUUUCAACAAAGAUGUGUCUUUUUCUACAAACCAACAACAACUUCAACUUGUGAAUAAGAUAACACACAACAUCAUCAAUUCAAGUAAUUCCAACUAUUUCAAACCCACUAUGGAACUUAGGUCCAUGAUCUCCUGCAUCACUCCCCAUGAUACCCACCAUGUUCUCUCAGACCCUUCUCUCUCUCCUCAUUCAUGCUUGGCCUUUUUCCAUUUUCUCAGAACCCAACAUCCCCACAUUGCACACAAACCUGACCUUAAGGCCCAUGUGAUUCUUCUGUCUAGACUUUUUCAAGGUAGAAAAUUUGCCUCCAUGAAGAGCAUUUUGAAUUGUGUUGUUACUGAUGUUGAAUUUCGUUGCCCUGUUUCGGGUAUUGUUUCUUUGGUUGAUGAAUAUGAGCCCCAUUUUGUUGAGAAGCUGUUUGAUAUGUUGUUCAGGGUGUUUUCUGAUAACAGGUUGUUUCUAGAGGCUUUUAGGGUCUAUGAUUAUGUGGAAGAAAAGGGUUUGGUGAUAGAGGAGAGGUCUUGCUUUGUGCUUUUGCUUGCUUUGAAGAAAUGUGGUGAGGUGGACUUGUGUCUUGGGUUCUUUCGCCGGAUGGUUGAGUCGGGCAGCAUUGAAAUCAGGGUUCAGUCUUUGACGCUUGUGAUUGAUGUGUUGUGUAGGAGGAGAGAGGUUGAGAAAGCCAAGGAGUUAAUGGAUGAGAUGGCUGGUAAAGGAAUUGUGAAACCAACUGUGUUUACUUAUAAUACGUUGUUGAAUGCAUAUGUUGCAAGAAAGGAUCAACGGGGCGUUGAUGAGAUACUGAGAUUGAUGGAGAAGGAGCAAAUUGUUCCUAGUUUGGCUACGAAUAGUAUUUUGAUUCAGUGGUAUGCAAGUUCUGGUGAUAUUGGGGAAGCAGAAAUGAUAUUUGAGGAAAUGCGCGAAAGAAAAAUAGAAAUGGAUGUUUAUGUCUACACGAUGAUGAUAAGUUGGAACUGUAGGUUAGGAAAUAUUAAAAGGGCAUCUGCUUUAUUUGAUGAGAUGACACAGAGAGGCAUUGUUCCUAAUGCUCAUACUUAUGGGGCAUUAAUUGAUGGUGUAUGCAAGGCAGGCCAAAUGGAGGCUGCAGAAAUCUUGUUAAAAGAGAUGCAAAGUAAGGGAGUUGACCUAAAUAGAGUAAUAUUUAAUACAAUGAUGGAUGGUUACUGUAAAAGAGGAAUGAUAGAUGAAGCUUUGAGACUGCAAGUUAUCAUGGAAAGGAAAGGACUUGAAGCAGAUGUGUUUACAUACAGCAUUCUUGCUAGUGGGCUCUGUAAAUUGCGGAGAUAUGAGGAAGCCAAGAGGAUUUUUAAUACAACGGUACAGAAAGGAUUGGCUCCAAAUGUUGUGACUUUCACUACAUUUAUUGAUAUAUAUUGUAAGGAAGGAAACCUUGCAGAAGCUGAGAGGAUCUUUAGGGAUAUGGAGAAAAUGGGAGAGGUGCCUAAUAUUGUUACAUAUAAUACUCUAAUAGAUGCACAUUGCAAGAAAGAAAAAAUGAAGCAAGCUCAUAAGUUAAAAUCUGAAAUGAUAGAGAAGGGGUUACUGCCAGAUGUAUAUACAUACACAUCACUAAUAAAUGGGGAAUGUAUUGUUGGCAGGGUAGAUGAGGCAGUGAAACUAUUCAAUGAAAUGUUGUUGAAGGGCAUAACUGGAAAUGUUGCGACGUAUACAGCAGUUAUUUCAGGUUUAUCCAAGAUGGGGAGAGCAGAUGAAGCUUUUGAGUUGUAUGAUGAGAUGAUGAGAAUGGGCAUAACACCUGAUGAUAGAGUUUUCACUGCACUUGUUGGUAGCCUUCAUAAAUCCUUCUCUAAAACAAAAUGAAGAUGAGGAACAAAAGUAGACAUUUCUGAUGCCUCGAGCUGGUCGAAUAGUGGUUUGUCAAUUUCACACAGGAAGGCAGUACAUACAAUGAUGGAUAAGGUAGUGAGGUCAUGAUGAUUUUGUUGUUGAUGUCCUAGCAAGAAUACCUGUGUAAGGGGAAAAUCCAUCUUCCACAUUACCAAUUUAGAGCUUGGAAACUGGGACAAUGUACAAAUAUUCCAGUGUUGGGUAAUAUACAAACCUUCACUUUUUCUUGUUUUUUGUUAAAUUAUACAUUAUUGAGUUUGUUGACCGGAGACUUUGCUGGAGUUGUUGUUCAUAGUGGUGGCCGGAGUGAUUCAUUUCCAGAGAGAGAAGAAGCUCUAGAUACCAACUUGAUCUCUUUAGAAUACUUAGAAUUUCCUGAGAGAAUUUCUCUCGGCCCCUAUGAAUUUAUAUUUAAAUCUGAUUACAAAUCAAAUCUGUAAUAAAAAAUAACGCUUAAAUUG